GGACCUUCCUUCCCUUCAUCCCGGCAAGCUAAAAUCCAUUUCCUCCCCUUUCGCCCAUCCAUCAUCAUCUUCAUCUUCCUAUUCGUCUUCGUCAUCAUCAUCUUCUCUCUCACAUUCAUGAGGCCAUGCACUCUCCUGUUGCCUCAUUCUGAUGCGAAGACAACGCCAACAGUCUCAAAGAUCCCUGCUUUACCAACUGAGCGCACUAGCUUUCUGGUUUCUAGGGCUCAGCUUUGAUAAAGGAAGGAUCUUUCGGUGUUCCUGACCUGGAAGAGAUGAGCUCGUGGCCGGUGGAUCCCGGCGGCCAUUUUGGACCGGCGCUGGGCUGCAUGAUGUCGUCGCAGUCGGCCAAUUUUGCUGCCUCCGGUAAGCCUGGGUUAGUGUUGCAGAGAGCAGCUAGGGGUUUCAGGCUCGAAGGUGAGAACUAUGGCUUGGGCGGCAGCCAUUUUGAGUUAAUUUCAACAUGUAGUCAACCUCCGAUGGGUGACGGGUUCCAAGCUGAGCAUUUGGAGAGCAGUAUUCAAGCUCCAUGGUUGAAUGGAGUGAAAUCAGAGGUGAAAAAUGGCGAAUUGGGGAUUUGCAGAGAAGAGACCUCCAUGUCUGACCCAAUAUGUGCCAGUGGAGAAGCAAGCUUAAGGAAGAGGAAAGAAAAUGAUAUCACCUCGCCGAAAUCGGUGCCAGACGAAGAAGAUUGCACCGCAAAGCGACAUCGUCAUAUCGAGAACAAUGCGGAGAUUGCUUCGCAAAGUGAUGGCUCCCGGAAUGAUGAACAGAAGCAGGGAAAGGAAGGCAAUGUCGAGCCCUUUGAACCUCCAAAGGAUUACAUCCAUGUCAGAGCUAGAAGAGGCCAAGCAACUGACAGCCAUAGCCUAGCUGAAAGAGUGCGAAGAGAGAAGAUCAGCCAAAGAAUGAAGUUGCUACAAGAUCUUGUACCGGGCUGCAACAAAGUGACUGGCAAAGCCGGAAUGCUAGAUGAGAUCAUAAACUAUGUCCAGUCAUUGCAGCGCCAAGUCGAGUUCCUUUCGAUGAAGCUGGCCACCGUAAGUCCAGAUAUAGAUUUCAACGACUUGAUGAACCUCCAACCGGAAGAUAUGAUUCAAAUUUGUGGCCAUGUACCAAGUUCAGUUUAUCCAUCAUUGCAUCAAAAUUUGAAUUCCCACCACCAACCUCACAUCAAUGGAUAUGGAAAUGCUUCGUCUCAGGUAGGCGAUUUCUGGGAGGAUGAUCUCCAGAGUGUUGUUCAGAUUGGCAUGGGACAAUCUCAGAGGUUCCAUUGUGGUAGGAAGAAGAAUUCACAAGAGAACUUUCGGCUGCUGAAAUGAAAGCUGAGCCAUGAACAGCCAGAUUUCAGCAUAAAAAUGCAACUUUGUCUUCAGCCAAAAUGUUUACUUUAUCAUUUAUUCUGAUAGAUUCAUCAAAAAAUGGUCUAAAGCUGUAUGAUCUUAAGACUUCCAUGAUGUGGUCCAAAUAUUUAAAGUACCACAUUUGUGAUGUACUUGACUAGAAGUGAGGAAGAGGUACUUUUUCAUAUUAAUUUGCUUCUAGUUUUAUAAAAUUACAUUUUCGGUCCUGUAUUUUUUUCAAUUUUAGUCUGAGUCAAUUUACAUUCUUAGUCCAGUAAUUUGUAAUAUUUUUUAAUUUUAGUCUCUUUUCUCCAAAA